AUGGCAGUCCCUGCUUCUUUACCAGUCUUGUUGGAUUCUUUAACAAAUUCAUUAACAUCUGCAUUCGAAGCCACUCCUAAACUUUCUGGCAUCGAACCGACUCCAGACGGUGUAUCCCUCCUGGAUGUAAAAAAUGAACUUCUGCUCUCCUACCUACAAAAUCUCGUCUUUUUAAUCCUAGUCAAAAUCCGAAAUGCGAAAAACACCAGCGCAGAAAAUGACAAGGAAAACCAAGAGCUCUCAGAUACGGUGGUUAAGAAGUUAGUCGAGUUGCGAUUAUAUCUCGACAAGGGAGUUAGACCUCUCGAGGAAAAAUUACAAUUCCAACUCGAUAAAAUCCUACGCGCAGCCGAUGACGCGGAUCGCAUUGCCGCGCAAGUAGCGAAAGAUGCUGAAUCGGAGUCAGAGGAAGAGUCGGAUGAAGGGUCCGAAGACAGCGACGAAGAAGAAGCUUCUGGGGAUGAAGGUCUGUCUAGGCCUGCGGCCAAUAUAUCGGCGAAACAAUUUGCACCUAGUUUCAGCAAUUUUGCACCACCUUCAAAUCCUGUCGGAAUGGCCGCUGCAGCCACAACGCAAGAUAAGACCGGCGCAUACCGCCCACCAAAGAUCACCCCAACCGUCAUGCCUACAGCUGAGCGAAGAGAACGAGGCGAUCGCAGACCUAUGAAGUCCGCUGCUGUGGACGAAUACAUUUCGACCGAACUUUCAACCAUGCCGCUUGCCGAACCCAGUAUCGGAACAACAAUCGUAUCCGGCGGCAGGAAGAUCAAAACCGCCGGUGAACGGAAAGAGGAGGAUCGCAGACGAGAAUAUGAAGAAACCAACUUCGUCCGAUUACCGAAGGAGAGCAAGAAGGAUCGCGCCAAGCGAAAUAAGACUGAGGGCCGCAAUAACAAGAUGAACUUCGGUGGUGAAGAUUGGCGAGACCUCGGUGAAGGUGUGGACCGAAUCGAACGAUUGACCAAGCGCAAGGAGGGCGGCGGCGGCACUCGAGCAUUACUCGACAGGAGUCGUAAGAGAGGUAGGGAGACUACUGACAGCGGUCGUGGAAGCGGUUAUGGGGCCGGUUCUAGAGAAAUAGGCGAUAGAUUCAACAAGCGUGUCAAGGUCAUGGAAGGUGGACGACGAGACCGAGGAAAACGUUAA